AUGCUAAAGAAAAAUCCAGCUCCUCAGCAAUGCCCGACCAAUUUUGAAAAAAUCGAACCAAUGUUCAAUCAAGAAUUCCGCACAAUCCAUCCAAUUUUCCCUGAGUGGACCUUAGAACGAAUGCCAAAAAAAAUUAACACCAAACGUAUCAAAUUAGACAAGAAUCAGAUGUUCGAAGGAUGGCUCUAUGGAAGUUACAAUACAAAGGGAAAAUUUCGUUGCUUAAAAUGUAUUAAGAGUGGUAUCACAGAUAGUGAUGCUACCUGGUCUUCGGCUUACACGACUGUUCUAUGUGCAACCUACUAUGAACCAGAUGCAGAUGAAUAUGGACAAGACUGGAUUGGUGGAUGGAUUGAAAUGAAAAUCUUUGCUCAGCAGUGUAGUAAUUGUGGCGAAUAUGUCACAGGUGAACUUGAUGAUCAAAGAUGUCGAAAUUUUGUAAAAUGGUUACAUCGCUGGAUUGGUCACAAGUUUUAUGGGUAUCCUUUUCGUCGUUUGGGCUACCAAGGAAAAACAACUGAUCGGCAUCAUCUUGUAAACCAAUGUGAAGCAUGCGAAGCAGGAUGGUGUCAUUAUAGUGGAAAUUAG